GUCGAUCUUCCGCGGCAGCCAUGGCUGGAUCGGCGCCGGGGGUGGCAGGGAAGCUGCGGCAUUUGUGUUACCGGUAUCAGGACUACGUGAGGCGGCAUCCGGCGGCCACUGCUCAGCUGGAGAGCACCGUGCGCGCCCUCUCUUACUUGCUGCCAGGUCGAUUUUCUGACUCUCAUGAACUGUCCGAACUGGUGUAUUCUGCCUCCAGUCUGCUGGUGCUACUCAACGACUGGAUUCUUCGAAAGGAGCUGCAACAAUCUCUUCCAGGGUCACUUUCCCAGCAGAAACUGCUAGCAUGGCUGAGUGUUCUCGAAUGCAUGGAGGUCUUUGCCGAGAUGGGAACUGCCAAGAUGUGGGGUGAGAAUGGCCGGUGGGCCACUAUUGUCCUCAUCCAGUUAACCAAAGCCAUUUUGCGCCUCCUGCUCUUACUCUGGUACAAAGCUGGCAUCCAGACCUCUCCUCCCAUUGUACCACUAGACAGGAGACAAUCACUGCAUCAGAAAGCCCUGGAAGCCAGCUUGGUAGGGAAAGAGCAGAUCUUCGUGGGGAAGCGCUCUAGUCGUGUAGUGAGGUCUCUCGAAAGCACCCCUUCCCUGCCCUUUAGACAUUGGGGUGAACCUCAGCAACGAGAGGAAAAGCAGAACCGAAGAGCAGCGGAGAGCAACCAGCCACCAACACUUUUGAGCAUCCAGGAGACCCUUGCUGAGUCCAUCUUCGUUACCCGUCCAUUGUUGCACUUAUUAAGUCUAGGGGUGUGGGGACGAAAAUCUUGGAAACCUUGGCUUCUAUCAGGCAUCCUGGAUGUUGCAAGCUUGAGUUUAUUGAGUGAUAAGAAAGAUCUCAACAAACGUGAACGAAUGGAGCUGAAACGCCGGACUGUUCUGCUGCUGUAUUAUUUAUUGAGAUCUCCCUUCUAUGACAGAUACUCUGAGGGCAGGAUCCUCUUUCUUCUGCGCCUGUUGGCAGAUUAUGUCCCUGGCGUUGGCCUAGUGACUCGACCUUUGAUGGAUUACUUGCCAGCCUGGCAGAAAAUUUAUUUCUACAAUUGGGGCUGAUCUGGCUUCAGCUUGGGCUGUUACCGUUUGAGGAGAAUCCAGCUGAAAGCUUGUGCUGACAGAAUGACUUUAUGUAGAGGAAAGCAGCCACGGGAUUUGGAACAAAAGGGCAGCAACACAUCUCCCUAUGGCUUGUGUUAAUGGUUUUAGGAAGAAGAAUAAUGCUUCCUCUGACUCUUUUUUUAAAAAAUGCCUUCCUGUGAGUACUGCGAAGACUGGGCUUAAAAUGUGUAUGCUGUUUCCUUUUCUAUUCAGUCAUAAUUGGUUUCAAAGCAUGGGGCUUGGGGCGGGGGGGGCGGAACUCUUUUGUAAGCAUUUUGUACAGUUGUGGAUUAAUAAAGCCAGGGGUCUGCAGUGCCUUU